CCUUGUCAAGUCAAAAUCUUGCGACUCGAGAAAAUGAAACUGUGAUACAUAAUAGAUUCAAUGGAAAAGGGGAGUGAAAAGUAGUGUUCUCUGUCGUGGAAGACUUCGAUGGGUCCCUCACCCACCCAAGCCCUGCCUUUGCGGCAGCUAAUCUUGCCUUCCUUGAAUACACGGCUUCAUCAAAAGGGUGGAUGCCAGCAUCGACUGGCAAGGAGGCGAGGCCUGCAGGCUGUGACAUCCCAAACACCUUCAGGAAAGCAGCAAAUGCUGGUGUAUGUCCCCAGCCACCCCCUGGUGAAGCACUGGCUGGCAGUGGCGCGCAACAAGCUCUCACCUCCGCCAGUUUUCAGGAGCGCGCUCGCUGAGCUGGGCAGAUUACUCAUCUACGAGGCCACUGCUCAGGGUGACUGGCUGCCUGUUCUGGAGGGCCAGGCAGAGACUCCCUGCGGCGUCGCCGACGUGGCAUUUCUUGACCCCGGGCGACCAGUCAAGGUGGUGCCGAUUCUGCGAGCAGGGCUGGUACUGCUAGAGGCAGCUGCCACGGUGCUGCCGGGAGCCCAGACGUGCCACGUGGGUUACGUGAGGGAUGAGUCGUCGCUGGAGGCGACCGCAUACUUGAAUAAACUGCCUGCGAAGCUGGAUGCAGAUGACAGGAUACUCGUCGUGGACCCCAUGCUCGCCACAGGUGGCACAAUGGUGCAGGUGCUGGAUGACAUCAUCGCGCGCGGCGCAUCCCCGGCCAUGAUCCGCAUCGUGACAGUUGUCUGUGCGCCAGUCGCCCUCAAAAAGCUGUCCGAGGGCUACCCAGGGCUGAAGGUCUACUCAGCCAUGAUAGACACGGAGCUGAACGACAAGGGUUACAUAGUGCCUGGCUUGGGCGAUGCUGGGGACCGCGCAUUUGGCACCCUCUGAUCUUUGGGUUGGUGAACCGUGGAUCUGUGAUUAUUAUUAUUAUUACACGCUUGUCCAGUCCUUCAAGGACCAGGUGCGUUUUGCAACACCGUGCUGAUGGUGGAUCUGUGAUGGGCCUCACUAGAUUGAGAUCCACAGGUGAGAACUGGCGUCCUGUGCUCCAUGCCAUCCUGGUCUGGUUUUCACCACCUUUGAACAUGCUGAGGGAGGAAGUGUAUGAUAGCGGGCGAUUUUCUAGUUGCAAUUUGGUGGCAUUGAAACUGUGCAUGGCGCUCAUGAGCUCACUGUGUUCUCUACGAUUUUUUAGGAGUUGAAUGUAUGCGCUGCAAGCAAGUGUGUCCGCUGAAUGACUUCAUAGAAUUACUAACCAAAGGGUAGAUGAUGAUCACUGUUGAUAGUUAAAGAGAUGUGUAGUGGAUCCGCUUUAGUU